AUGAAGGAGAGGAGAGAUGGAUUGCUAGGAGAAGUGGAGUGGUUGCUGACGGGGGGAAGUGAGGGGAUUGAAUGGGUGAAAGUGUAAGGUUGGGUUGAGAUUACAAGUUGCUUCUGAUUAUUCAAAAGUGUCUGCAAUCCCCACUGCCCCAAAUCAGUCCCAAGCCUGUAUUCAAUCUGGGCCAUUAAAGAGCAAGCCACAUCCAGAUGGGAACACCUAUGUGUAUGUGUAUGUGUAUGUGUGUAUGUGUGUGUGUGUGUGUGUGUGUGUGUGUGUAUGUGUGUGUGUGUGUGUGUAUGGUGUGUGUGUGUGUGUGUGUGUGUGUGUGUGUGUGUGUGUGUGUGUGUGUGUGUGUGUGUUUGUGGCACACACACAUACGCACGCAUAAACGCACACACACACACACACUUGGGUAAACGUCUCUUAAGGCUAAGCUUCAGCCUCUCCUCCUCUCAGAGGGGGGCUGUUGGACAGGCGGGACGCGAGGGAAAGGAGUUAGGAAUGUGGGGUCUGUCUCUGGUUCCUCUGAGAUGUCUGGUCCUGUCUGUCUGGUCCUCACUCAGUGUCUGGAGGGUGUGUUUGUGUGUGUGUGCAUGUGUGUGUGUUUGUGCGUGCAUGCAUGAGCUUGUGUGUGUGUGUUCGGUACAGCCUCCUGACAGCUGUCCCAAGGCAUGCUGCUGUCAGGCCUAUAACAUGGCACAUUCUGCUGAUGCAAAUAAAAACAUUAAAAAAGGUGGUCUUCCGCUUCAGACUCAAGAAUCUCUUCAGCAGGUCAGAGAGUGUGGAGACAGAUAGAACUCUGUGUGAUUAAAGCAAUUAUGAAAUGGAACCUCUCCUCGUUGAAGGACGUGUACAAGCAUUCUGGUUCUGAAGCGCCGUAUUUUAACACAGAAUUACUGUCGUUUCCUUUGACAAAGGUUGACACGAGACAUUAAACAAUUAUGUAUCAAAUCGUCAAAUCGAUGGUGGGAAAAGAUAGGGCUGAGGCAGAACAUUUAUUUUGGGAUGAAACAACAUGAAAACAAUUGCAGUUGUAAUGAAUAGCUAUAGUAAUCCUACUCUAAGUCUUAGAUCAAUGCCUUGGUGAUCAUGAUUAAUUUAACAGAUUCGCAUAACAGUUUAGGUCAAGAAGGCAUAAUAGCUUAAUUAAUAGACCUGAAGAUUUUUUCUCACCCUCCUUGCUCUUGCCUCACACACCCACCCACCAACCACCCACCACCCACCCACCACCCAACCACCACCCACCCACCACCACCCACCAACCACCCACCACCCACCACCACCACCCACCCUCCUCUGUUCACACUUCAGUAACUCUCUAACUAUAGCAGGUGAUGGGUAACUUUGGUCCUCAGUGUCUGUCUGCUAGUUUCUGUUCUCUCAGACCAGCGUCUGCUUUAGAUUGGUUAAACAGGUGUGUCACUCUGUGAGCAAUUUGUCACUUUAAUGGCUCAAUUAAGCUCCAGGCAACAAGAGAAAGGUUGCAUCCCAAUGACACAUUCCCUAAUUGCCUACUAGUUUUUCACACCCCCAAAAAACCAACCCCCCCCCGGGGUAAUUCCCUUGGCUAAGUUCGCCUCCCCCUUGGGGGGGGGGUUUACGGGGGGGCCAGGAAAAAAAAAGGGGGGGGUUUUUGGGCCCAGAAGGGGGGCCUUUCUUGGCCCCCCUAGGGGUUUUAUUGGUUUUUGGGGAGUUUGGGGUGGGGCAUGGGUUUGGUUGGGUUGGCAACGGGGCCCCAAGGGUGGUUAGGAUAAAAAUGGAAUUGUAUAAAAAUAAAAAAAAAACUUCCCUUCAAUAGAAUUUUGGUCGGGUUUUUGGAAAGAAAAUUUUGGAUUUAAAGUUUUAAAAGGGAAUCCCUCGUUAAGGUUUUGCAAUUUUUUGAACCGUUUUUAAAAAAAAAUUUUUGGUUUUUUUGAAAGGUUAAGGGGCUUAAAAAUUUUUAAAAAAACCCUCGUGGGGAAAAGGGGAGGCGACAAAAUUUUUUUUGGGAAAAAAAAAAAAAUUUGCGGAAAAAAUUGCUUUUUAACCCCCGCAGUAAGUUUAUAUGUAAAAGAUCAAAAAUUUGGGAAGGGUUUUUCCCUUUUUGUUUUUUUUUCUAACCCCCUUGCCCCCCUUGCCUCCCAACCCCCCCCCCCAAACCCCCAACCCCCCCCCCCCCAACCCCCCCCCCCCCCCCAAAAACCCACCCCCCCCCCCCCCUUUUGUUAAAUUCGUCCCUUUCCAAAAGGGGGGGUCCCAUUUUCGCUUUUCUUUUUUCCCCAAACUUUUUUUAAAAAUUCCCCCUUUUGGGUUUUUUCAUUUAAGGCUCAAUUAAACCCCGGAAAAAAAUUUUCCCCAAAUCCCCUUUUUCCCCCUUUUUCCAAAGACAUACCCCCCCCAAAACCCCCAGGGGGGGGAAAAGGGCAUUUUUCCUUAAAAACCCCCGGCCCCCUGGGCUUUUCCCCCCCCCUUUUUUUCCCAAAAUUUUUUAAACCCCUUCCCUUUCCAAAUCCCCCCCCUCCUCCCGUCAAAAAUGGAAAUCCGGCCCCUUUCUUUUUUUGGAAACCUUUUCCCCGGUUGGGUAGCCCUUCAAUUUUUUAAAAGGGACUUUUUUUUUCUUUAAAUUGGGGGCCGGUUGGCCUGCAUCCCCCCUUUUUAAAAUUUUUAACCAGGGGGUGGGGAGGGAGCCCCUGGGGGGGGAAAAUUGGUAGGUGGGGGAGGGAAAGGAAGGCCGGGAAAAGGGGGGUUGGGGGGGCCCCCAAAAACUUAAAAAAUUUAAACCCCAAAAAAAAAAAAAAAAAAAAAAUCAAAAAAAAAGGGGGGCGAAAAUUUCCCAAAAAAAACAACGUAAUUAACAAAAUACCAAAACACGACACGUAACACAAACGACUGGCGAAAAACAACACACAACCUACUCCCAUACGAACACAGGGAACCUUAUAGGACAUGUAAUUCAACGCAAACCAGACACAGGUGAAAAGUGACAGACAAAAGCAAAAUCGCACAUGAAACAUCCAACGGUGGGCAGCUAGUUACUGGGGCUCCGGGGACGGGCGAACCCUUUGCCUGCCCGAACCAGGAGAGGAGACAGUCUCGGCCGAAACCGUGACAGCCGGCAGGGAUGUAGCUCAGUUGGUAGAGCAUGGUGUUUGCAACGCCAGGGUUGUGGGUUCGAUUCCCAUUUAAAAAAAUAAAAUAAUAAUAAUGUAUGCACUAAACUGUAAGUCGCUCUGGAUAAGAGCGUCUGCUAAAUGACUAAAAUGUGAAAAUGUAAAAAAAUUUACCAGACAACAACUUUAUCCUGGCCUAAACUUACAUCAUCACUGUCUAAACCAGGGUCGUAUUCACUAGAAACUAAAAUGAAAGAAAACUGACCUAAAUGAGGAGGGACUACCUGAACUUGUCCAAUAAGAAACUCUCACCUUUGUUGGAAAAAGUUUUUCCAUUCCAAAACAUUUUGCUACGGUUUGCACUAAUGAAUGCGACCAUGUAUUUAUUUAUCUUUGAUUCCACCAGACAGCAACUUCAUCCUGGCUAAUGCCCAGGUGUCCAAGGCCCAAGGCUUCCCCAUUGUCUACUGUUCAGAUGGCUUCUGUGAGCUCACAGGCUUCUCUCGCGCUGAAGUCAUGCAGAAGAGCUGUGCCUGUAAGUUCCUGUACGGCCCAGAGAGCAGCGAGACCAUCAUCCUCAGCAUCGACGAUGCCCUGGACGAACGCAAGGAGUUCAAGGAAGAGAUCAUGUUCUACAAGAAGACAGGUAAGGAAAGGUGUGUGUGUGUGUGUUGAAGUCUGCUACAGUUGGACUCCACUACUCAUCUCCUGUCCUCCUUCUGAAGACCCAGGAUAGGUGAAAACAAGAUGGUGGCUGCUUACUAUGAAUAUGCUCUCACUUGUUCAGUUCUUUCACAUCAAUAUCUUGGCAGCAACAUCAAUAUGUCUUGACUGAAUCACUUACAUUCCACCAUCAAGUUUAGUUGCUCGGAUACUAUUCAUGCAAAGGUUACUUGGACACUUAUUUGACAUGUGCAUUAAGGUCUAAUAAUAUGUGGAAAUCUUACAGAAUGGACCUUAAAGUGAUGGGCAAUUUAGAGGAGAGGGAGAUUUAG